UCUCCUCCUCUCUGGUUUCUUUGUUUCUUCUUGACGAAUCGAUGGAAAGUUCGUCGGCGUUGAGAGGUAUUAAAAUAAACAACUUGGGUAUGUUGGACAGUCAGGGCUAUAGUCAUUCCAUGAUUGCAUCUCGUUCAAUAGAAUCUUACCUAAUAAUUCAGACCGGUUUCUUCCAUGCUGACCCACAUCCUGGAAACCUUGCUAUAGACACGGAUGGCUCUCUUAUAUAUUAUGAUUUCGGAAUGAUGGGUGAAAUAAAAUCAUUCACUCUCGAGAGAUUACUCUCCUUGUUUUAUGCUGUUUAUGAGAAGGAUGCAAACAAGGUUAUGAAAUCUCUAAUUGACCUGGAAGUUCUCCAGGCAACAGGAGACCUUUCACCGAUCAAGAAACUCUUAGUGGUGCUUGCAAGUGGUAUCUCAAUGAAGAUAUACCAGAAAUCAACAGCUUCUUUGAGAGCAAAAAUCCAGUGGAUUGCAAGCGCUGAAUCUUUUGGUCCCUCACAGCACUCAGCACAGCUCGAACAAAAAACAGUUGCGGAGCUUAAAAAUAUUGAUCCAUGGGAGGUUCAGGGUACUUCUGAAGAAAAGAACACACGCCCAUCUUCAACUUCCAUGAUAUGGUCAAUGUUCAUGCCACUGUGAAUGAACCGCCAUCUAUGUCGUUGAUCAGGUUAAUAUCUCUUACAUGUUUGGACGCAGUCCUGGAUCUAAUCAGUGACUGAAAUCGUUGCCCAAUUUGAUUGGAAUAAUGAGUGGGCCGACUCAUUGCAUAGAGCUCCUUGAGGUGGUUGUGGAUGUGAUCCUGACCUUACAUGGGACAUGAUUGAUGAAGCUGUCGGUGCAUCAGCCUCACUUGAAGGUCGCAAUGUCCCAAGGAGAGCUCAUAGAGACAACAACAGUGAAAUACUGACCUACAGGAAGCGUCCAAGAAAUUCAGCAUCAAGGGUGAUUGAAGAUAACUUGGGUUCAGGAAAUGAAGACGAGGAAGAUCAAGAUCCACAUGAUGAUUGCUGAUGUGAGUGAUUGUGAGGAUGCUCCAAGUGGUACUGAUGAUUGUGGACUCUUUUGCGAUGUUAUGUGUGGAGUAUCAAGUUGUGGACUGCUGUUUAUGUUGUUAAGUUGUCAUGCACCUAUGUUGCUAAUUAUUUCCAUAUAUAUGUUAUCUCACUUGGCUGUAAUUAAAAUGACUUUUUAUUGAUGUUUUUUGUAUU